AUGGAGUCCGAACGGCAGAAAGCGCCGUACAAGAUCAAAGACGUUACGAGAGCUGUGAAAAAGGCUGUUGUGGCCGCCACUUUGGCAGAAGUUCGGGUGAAGGCGGCCGAAAAAUUUGGACGUCAAGAUCUGCCGAACAUCCAUCUAGAUUCGGACGGCACAGAGGUGGACGACGAGGAUUAUUUUCAAACGCUGGAGCCAAACGCAGAACUGAUAGCAGUGUUUUCCGACCAACAAUGGGUAGACCCCACACACUACGUUACGAUAACGACGCGACGAGACUCGUCGGAUGUCACAGACAGUCCGGAAGUGGAACGGAUCCACUUAAAAAAACUGGUGUCGCACAUGAAGACAAACGUGUGCAACGUAUCCGUAUUGAGUGAACCGGACCUCGAAUUGCUGUCAAAUAUGGAUCCAAAUUCGUUCGCUGACAUUACUGGCAAGGAUUUCGUCGAGCAGUUAAAGGAAGCUUCAGGCAGAAUCCUGUAUGAAAAAAGACAGGCUUUUGACGCAAUUAAGUUGUUAAAACUUUUUGCAAAACGUCAAGAGCAGUCGGAAGAAGAAAGUCAAUGUGCAACUACACAAUUUUCCGCCAUCACAAACCAACCGCAGUCUCGGAUGGAAAUGACUGCAGCGGCUGCCGAAUCUUCUUCGUCGUCGCCGUCGACACCGUCAACUACAGUGUUGGCGGACAGUAAACCGACCGACAGUGUAGCUAUUGUUGCUGAAACCGUUGGUGAAUCAAGGUGA